ACGUGCGCCCAGCGCUGAAGAAAAGGAACGGUCGGCGCCAUGCGCUUCCAUCACAAUCACACGACUUCAGUUCUUAAGUGUCAAAACAUAGAUGUCCCGGGAAUGUGAGAUCCUCGCUUUCCCCUCCGUCAACUGUUAUGAGAACGGCAGCGGGGGGCCAGCGACACUGUUUCUUUCAUUUUCGCUUGUGGAGACUUGUAGUGAAGUUGCAGACUGAUACUGUAAUACAGCGCUGAAUCAUGGAGGGAAACUCAAGGGAAAGCGAGCGUCUGGAACGCGAGCGUCAGUUCUGCGAGCUGUGCGGGAAAAUGGAGAACCUGAUGAAGUGUGGACGCUGUCGCAGCUCAUUUUACUGCAGCAAAGAGCACCAGAGACAGGACUGGAAGAAGCAUAAGCGGGUCUGCAAGGAGGCCGACAAACAGCAGCAGCAGCCGGUAGGUGAAGAAGAAGAGCAGCAGCAGCGCGACACUUCAAAACAGUCGAGCACUUCUCAGAGUAACUCCACACUUACGUCACAAGACGAAGAAAUGCCAGAUUUUAUCAAGUCUGCUACGGGCUCUGACACCAAACCGACCCCGGACAGCUCAAAACCUAACGGACAGACGCGCUCGCCCCCUCAGAAACUGGCCACGGACUAUAUCGUGCCCUGCAUGAACAAGCACGGCAUCUGUGUGGUCGACAACCUCCUAGGGAACGAGGUCGGACGCAGUAUUCUGGAGGACGUGCAGGCGCUUUAUCUGACCGGCGGCUUUACGGACGGACAGCUGGUCAGUCAGAGGAGCGACUCGUCCAAGGACAUUCGCGGGGAUAAGAUCACCUGGGUGGAGGGGAAGGAGCCCGGCUGUGAGCGGAUAGCGUUUCUCAUGAGCCGCAUGGACGAUCUGAUCCGACACUGUAACGGGAAACUGGGCAACUACAGGAUCAAUGGAAGAACAAAAGCAAUGGUGGCAUGUUACCCUGGCAAUGGGACAGGAUAUGUAAGGCAUGUGGAUAACCCUAAUGGAGAUGGGAGAUGUGUCACAUGCAUAUAUUACCUGAAUAAAGACUGGGAUGCCAAGGAACAUGGUGGCCUUUUGCGGAUCUUUCCAGAGGGAACGGCUCAGUUUGCAGACAUUGAGCCCAAGUUUGACAGACUUUUGCUGUUCUGGUCAGACAGAAGGAACCCUCAUGAGGUCCAGCCGGCUUAUGCCACAAGGUAUGCUAUAACGGUGUGGUAUUUUGAUGCUGAUGAGCGAGCUCGAGCGAAAGAGAAAUAUUCAACAAGAAAUGCUGCACCAGCGUGAGAGAGUGGACCAUAGUGCAUCAAACGAAAGGUUCAGGAGAAAGGGGUGUAAAAGUGGAGCUAAACAAGCCAUCUGAGCCAAGCUAGUGAUCCUGGAGGACUGAAUGAAGAGGAGUGACCGCUGGGGUCAGACCUGCUGCUGAGAGAUGAUGAAGAAGAAGAAGAAGAGGAAGACUGUCAUGAAGCCACUUCCUCUACGCUUCACCUCUCCAUCCAUCAUCUACAAUGAGGCUUCUCAUAAAGACUCGGACUGUGAUAGAGCUGUGAAAGACAGACGUGCAUUAAGACAUGCUUUGUGUUUCCCUAAUGAAGAAACCUGGCUUACAUGAGCAUUACAUGGACAAACCGCUAAACCUACAUGUGUGUGUGUUUGCGCAUUCGCAUUCAAUACAGGUUUAUUUUGGAGCUACGCCUCCUCCAGUUUCUCUCGUCAGCUUUGCACAUUCGUUAAUAAAGGUACAUUUAUGUUUGACAAGUGCAUACUCAGAAAAAUAAGUGGCCGUUCGGUGUUUUUGCUCAUAAGCCACUGUAAUGAUCAGAUUUGUGUUAAUCGUAUGGCUUGUAUUUCCAGGCUCUUCUUAAUUGGAGUUUUCCGGAACGUGCUUCUUUCUUUAUCAUGGCUUGUCACCUGUUUGCUUUGUUAAUCGGGGUGCCAUGCUGGAUUGUUUUUUGCAAGUAAAUCUGCGUUAUGUCUGUUGUUGCAGACGUCAUGUCUCUACUGUCGUAAGCCAAAAUUGACACCUAAUGUCUGUCUAACAGCUCUGAGUUUUAAUUAAAGAAGCAGUUUUCCUAAA